UUCAAAAUUUCCGCGACUGAGCCGCAGCCCCUGCCUCUUCUUUCUCGUCGUCUCCCUCGCACUCUCAUCUCCUGCUCCGACCACUCACCCUUUCAUUCUCAGAGGUAUGCACCACUCGCCUUCCCACCUGAAUCCCUUGCUCUUCUCUUUCCUCUUUCCUUUUCUCAGUUGCGUCUUGCUUCGUGUUGCCGCGAGGUCCUCACGCAGCCGCUGCCGUCUCUCUUCCCUUCUCACCCUCCUGCUCCAGCCACUCACCUUGUCACUCUCCGAGGUCCGUCCGUUCAAGUACUGCUUCAUCGUCAGUUUCUGCUAUCAGGCGGAUGAGUUCAAUAUGCUGUUGCCUGCGUCCGGCCUCUGUUUGUUUGUGGAAGAAGAUGCUAUUCUUUUCUGUUUGCUGAAACUCCAAAUUCCAGAUCUUUAAUCCCUUCUCAAGAGGUGUGAGUGAAUUUUGGGGUGAUGUAACACUAGUAAUUGUUUUCAUUAGUGUUUCUGAGCUAGCUGUCGGCAUCAGAUGUGCUUUCACAAGUAUCUUUGAGCAUGAAGUCUAAACCUUUUAUGUAAUAUACAUAUAUAUUGUUCUCCAUCUUAUGGUCUUUGUGGAAACUCUUUUUUUAUUGCAGUAUCAACCAGAAUUAGCAUAUGCAUUAAGAAUAUGCACUACAAUCUGUGAGCUAUAGGCCUUAUGGAUGUCUUUAACAAUAUAUAUAUAUAUAUAUAUAUAUAUAUAUAUAUAUAUAAUGGUUUCACAUGUAGGGAUCCUGGGGAACUUGUGAAGUUACACCUUGGCUCGGUUGUACUUAGUGAUAUGCUCCUCGAUUGGGCAGCAAGACUGUCACCAACAACAGCCUAUGCAUCUUCGACAAAUCUGCCCAUCUAAGUAGAGGCAUACAUGAGCUGAGUUGAAAAUUGAGGUAGCCUUGAACUUGGUUCAGAUCAAAUCCACUGAGCUCGGGAUAAGCUUGUUUAUCCAAGCUUGAGCUUGGUUUUUCUCUGCUGAAGCCCUCUGCAACAAAAAUAACUUUUAUAUAAGCUAAUUUCAUCUUCAAACAUUAGAUCCUGCAUGUUCAUUUCUGCUUUGGGAAGCUUACACUUCUCUGGAAUCUUUAUUGUUUUCCUCUUGCCUAACAUGUUUGUUUGUUAGUGCUCAUAGUAGUUUUCCUUUUCCUUCAUAAGUUUUUAAAUUGCCGCUUCCAUGGUAUUUGGUUUGGUAUGGUUUGUGAUUCUUGUUUGGAUAUAUAUGCUAUAUUUUUUUUUCCUAUUUUGGGGUUUGCGCAGUUCGAUAACAUCUCAACUGUUUAUGAAUUUUCAAAAUCGUAGGUGCGGAUUAACUUAUCACACACAUAAACUAUUGUGCUGCUGGUUUUAGUUAGGCAAAUGUUUGUUUUGUUUAUGUUCUAUUGUUGUUAGUUAUUGUACUGAGAAUAUACGCUCAUUACGCUUUAAUCUGUGUCAAAAUGUGAUGUUUAUGUUUAC